AAGAGCAUUUCUCCAUCUGUUGCCUUCUUCCCCUCCGCCCGGCCCCGAAAUUUUUCGAAAACUCCCCAGCGCCGCCGCUUUCGGGGCCUCGCGGCGAGGGUUCGUUCGGGUUGUCGAGGCUCGCCGGCGGAGGCAGGCAUGGCCGGGAAGAAGCGCGACGCGGUGAGCCCCGCACCCGCCGACGGCGAGGAGAGCGCCGCCGCAUCCGGCCCCAGCGUCAAGCGCGGUCCCGGCAGACCGAAGAAGGAUCCCGCCGCCGUUGUCGCCAGCCCCGACUCCAAGCGCGGGCCUGGAAGACCUAAGAAGGUCCCCGACGCGGACUCCGCCGCCGCUGCCGCCAGUCCUGGCUCCAAGCCCGGCCCCGGCAGACCUAAGAAGGUCCCCGACUCCGACGCCGCGGCCACUGCUGCCAGCCCCGGCUCCAAGCGCGGGCCAGGAAGGCCUAAGAAGGUCCCCGGCGAGGAGGGCCCAGCACCGGAACCGGGGAAAAACGACAAGGGGGAGAAGACGGCGACCCCGAAGAAGGCUAAGGUGGCGACCCCGAAGAAGGAAAAGGAGCGGGAGAAGGCGGAGCCGCCCCAGGAGGAGGGAGGCAAUCUCAAGAAGCAGCAGCAGGCGUCCGGCGGAGCGGCGGCAGUGAAGCCCGCGAAGAAGAAGAAGGGUGUGGAGGUGGCGGAGCCCGGAUCCGGGAAGAAGAAGGGGGGCAAGCGCGGGAAUGAGGAGCUGCCCGGCGAAGGGGAGAAGUCCAUGCCCAAGAAGAAGAAGAAGCAGGAAACCAGCGAAGGGGAGAAGCCCAUGCCAAAGAAGAAGAAGCAAGAACCCAGCGAAGAGGGGAAGCUCACGCCCCAGAAGAAGAAGCAGCAGGUGUCUGGCGAAGCCGAGAAGCCCACGCCCAAGAAGAAGAAGAAGCAGCCGGCGUCUGGCGAAGGGGAGAAGGCCGCGCCCAAGAAGAAGAAGCAGCAGGCGUCUGGCGAAGGGGAGAAGCCCACUCCCAAGAAGAAGAAGCAGCCGGCGUCCGGGGAAGGGGCGAAGGCCACACCCAAGAAGAAGAAGCAGCAGGCGUCUGGCGAAGGGGAGAAGCCCGCGCCCAAGAAGAAGCAGGAGUCUGGCGGGGCAGAGAAGACCACGCCCAGCAAGGGGAAGGUCGCGCCCACGCCCACAAAGAAGCCGCAGGUGGCCGGCAGCGCGGCGAAGGCCACACCCAGCAAGGGGAAGCAGAAUGGCAUCAAUGUGGCGAAGAGCGCCAAGAAAAGUCCUGGCAAACCGGAGAAGGCCACACCUAGCAAGAAGCAGCAACCAUCCAGCGGGGCGGAGAAGGGCACGCCAAGCAAGAGGAAGCGUGAUGACGUGGAAUCCCCGAAGGAGGCCAAGAUCGGGAAGAAGCAGAAGGCCAAGGCGGCAGCGGCGGUGUUGCCGCCUGCCGAGCCAGGCACUUCUAUCUUCCCGAUGUCGCGGGUGCGGCUGCUGAUGCGGGACGAGGACGCAAGCAUCCGCCCUACCAGUGAGACUGUCUUCCUCAUCAGCAAGGCGUCGGAGUUAUUCUUGGAGGCAUUUGCGAGGGACGCUUACCAGAAUGCUGUGAGGGAACGUAAGAAGUCAAUUGGCUAUGAUAACCUUUCUGUGGCAGUGUGCAACCAGAGACGGUAUAAGUUCCUAUCAGAUUUUGUCCCGCUGAGAGUCACAGCGGGUGAUGCCCUGAAGACACCGGCUGUGGACCAAUCUUAAGCCACGGUGCCAGUACUCCAUGAGGGCAUGCUGUGCUAGGUUCUUCUGCAAGGCCGUGUAACUGAGACGUGAACCGCCGAAGUCGCCUGUGGAAGGAGAGUUGUUUGUAUGUUCUGUAUUCUGCCACGCUAUGUUGAGUAGCUGCCUGUAAGAACUGGUCUUAAACCAGGUACUAGAGGUACAGUGGUCCGCCAGGAAGCACGCUAGCUAGUUUCUUCUGCGAGUAGGAAAUGUGAACUAGCGAAGUUGUUUGUAUCUCAAAUCUCAUUCUGUAGUAGGUUGACUAGCUGCUGCCUACAAGCAUCAGGUGUGUUUCACCUUGGGGCACAUAGGGAUAUGGGUGACCUGAUUCUGCAAGUUCAGGCUCGUGUCAAAAGAUGGCCAUACAGGCUAUCUGAAUCUUGUGGUCACUCUGAACAAUGGAAUGGUUGUGAUCUGUGUUGGGGAGCAUAUUUUUUCACGUGAAA